AUGGGCUAUCAACAACAACAACAGUAUUUCCCACCACAGCAGGGGUCUUCUCAACCAUACAGACCACAAUACCAACAGCAGCAAUCCAUUCCGCAACAGAGUGUGCAGCCGAUUCCACCACAAAAAUCCACGCUCGAAGAAACGCUGCAAGCCUUUAUGGAAAUCAGCAAACAAAGUAUGGAGUCCCAAGCUUCUACAAUCAAAAGGCUUGAAACAACGGUUGGACAACUUUCCAGUGCAUUGAAUCAAAUUCAACAACAACAGCAGCCCGGGAAGUUUCAUGGCCAACCUGCUCAGCCACAUCAAGCUCUAGUUGUAACUGUUCUCCGCAGUGAGCUGCCGAACUCUGCUCUGCCCAACUCGACGGAUGGAGAAAAGGCAGACCAGCAAAAGGAAGGAGAGAAGGAGAAGGAGGUCAAGCUCCACAAAGCUUCUACACCUUAUCGACCACCGAUUCCCUUCCCGGACAGAUUGAGCAACGAGAAGCAGGACCAACAAAAGGUCCCGGCAUAUGUGAAGUUUUUCAAGGAAUUGGUCUCCAACAAGCGGAAGUUCGGAGACAAUGAGAAGAUUCUAGUCUCAGAAGUAUUUUUACAGGAGCAGGAAUGCGUGGAAGUCCACGCUGGAUCAGCCGACAUGGAGGAAUUGGCUAGGGAAGUUGAAGAGUUCAGCGCUGCCCAGCCAGCUCUGCCCUUCAGCAAUGCCCAGCCGACUCUGCCCUUCAGUGAUGACCAACCAGCUCUGCCGAGCUCAGCGCUGGAACUGAAGGAACUUCCCGCCAAUCUCAAGUAUGUUUUUCUGGAAGAAGGCAAGGAGAAGCCAGUCAUCAUCUCGUCUACUCUGACUCUAGAGCAAGAAGCGGCGCUGCUCGAUCGCACGCUGCAAAUGGAGGAAUUAGAGGAGCUACGCAACGAGGCGUACGAGAAUGCAAGGAUCUACAAGGAUAAAUUAUUCCCGGGUAAGCUGAAAUCUAGGUGGAGCGGUCCAUUUUUACUCAAGGAGGUGUUCGAGCAUGGUGCCGUUGAAUUAUUCAAUGAAAACACGAAUGAGAGCUUCAGAGUGAACGGCCACCGAGUGAAGCCAUAUUACGAGCACCAGAGCUUGUUCAUGGUGGCGGAGUCUCACACUCUGCACGAUCCUCACUAA